AGUUGUACAACGUGGUUUCGCACAGAACUCUUAAUUAAAAGAAAGAAAAAUCAAAUAGUAACCGGGUGUACUUGCUGUCCUGUUGCAAUAUUCUGUAGAAACCCUAUUUAGUUAUAGUCUCUCACAAACGCGGAUGAGAGAAGCUUACGGACAUUUUGCUAUCCCACGGACGAGCGACGGUCUGAUAAUUCUUCAACUCACGGAGUGAGCUGAGUCACGGUGGUGGAUGGAAGCAGGAGGCGCGGCGGCGGACAGUCUUCAGUUGUUAUCAAGAGGUCUCGGAAGCAAUACUAGAACACGCAUCUCUCUGACAGCGACUCUGUACUUCAUAUUGGUCUGCUGCUGGAUGAUGCCUCUCGUCGCCAAGUGUGUGGUGGCGUGCCUGCCGCUCCUGAUAUGGGCGUCCGCCGGCACUCUGGCUUAUCCCGCAACACCUCAGAGGACCCCAGACGACCUCCGCUCAGGCAUCGCCAUGGCUCAGAUGAUCCUGGCUCAGCAAGCUCAGCUCUUCAGGGAACUUAUUAACGCAACAAAAGAAAGCCAUUCAUGUUGUUCUGCUGGAAAGUCAGACCUGCCAGAAUCCUCCUCAGACUGCCCUUACCCCUUCAAGCAUGUGGUGGAUGAGUGCUACUACCUGAGCUCCAACACCCUCACCUGGCACAACGCCCGUCACUCCUGCCAGGGGAUGGGCGGCGAGCUGGCCAUGCCCGCUUUUCUCUAUGCACUGAGGAAUUUCGUUGCCGCUGAAAGAGGAUCACCACGCUCGGUGUGGGUCGGAGCCAACAGCCACAACGGCGCGUGGAAGUGGCUGAACGGCCUGCCGGUGGAUGACGCUGAGUGGGGAAGGAAACAGCCCAACAACAGGAGAGCAGGAGAACAGUGUCUCGCCGUCAGACGAGACCGACACCCAGUGCUAGACGACAUGGGAUGCGGAUCAAACCUGCGCUUCGUGUGUCAGUACCAUCCCGUAAAGAAGUAGUGUUGCAGAGUCGUCACGAGGAAAAAUUAAUACCUUGAUUCAAUUUAGAUAUAUAAAGUUCUUAACCUUGAAUUUUAGAUAUCAUAGGAAUCAUAUAUGACAUGUCAGUCUUACGUCGUUGAAUUUUACACGGAAGCCUUAUUAAGUGCAUCCUUAUACUUUAGUAUUUAUUCUGGUAGAGUGAUACAUACACGUCAAUUCUUUACAAAGCCUUGAGAUUUUCUGUAUUGAUUUAUUUCUGUAUUUAGAAAUGUAUAAGUGAGUGAGACACCGUACAACAAACUUGGUACGCAUCCUUAUCCCUUCCUUGAACUUUGACUCCCCCCAACCCUGAACAUCUUGGCCCUGCAAUCGAUGUCUUCUUGGUGUCGUUGUCAGAGGCGAGACAACAACUGUCUUGUACUGUACGGAUCACGGGAACUAUUUGGAAGGAGACUGCUGCCUCCUCAAAAGUGAGGCGUAUGACAAGUUUACCAGGCGACUUUUUGACUAACGUAAAAUGGUUGCGUAGUGACGAGGCGCAGCAAUUAUAAGUUUCCUAUUAUGGUAUUACGAACUGCCUUUCUCGAAUCUUCAUCCAUUAUCAGAGGCAACAUAAGUAUAUGCCUAACCACACGAGAUGGUCAGCCACACAUCGGCGUGAGAGAGAGAGAGAGAGAGAGAGAGAGAGAGAGAGAGAGAGAGAGAGAGAGAGAGAGAGAGAGAGAGAGAGAGAGAGAGAGAGAGAGAGAGAGACUUUUGAACACAGAUGUUGAUAAUAAUCUGGUAACAAUGAAAGAAAAAGUAUAUUAGAGAUGAGAUCUUGCACAGUAUCCUUGGAACAUUAAUUGGAGUCUGCCUGAAGUGAUGGAGAUAUUAAGACUCCGAAGACUUUUAGGAUACAGUCUCAGGGUUAGUGGAAGAGAGAAGAGGGAGAGAUGGUGGCUGAGCUUCACGCAUCAUAACAACUUGACCAUAUGGCGCCGCGGAGAGAUGGGGAAGAGGGUAGAGGAGGGGAUGACAAAGGUAACGGAAAGGUUGUGAAAAGGAAGGGCAAAAGAGGAAGAUAAAUUGACGGGAGGUAAAGUUCACUCUCAAUUCGGGACACACGAGGUUGUAGUUGCGCGUGAUCUUUGCACUGAAUCCCCGUUUCAUUGGUCUUUGAACUGGUAGAUGUUAUCCCUUCCCGAUUCGAAAAAAAAAAAAAAAAACGACUCGAAUUUCCAGCCAGGCGCGCUAGCCAUUAUACCACGGUGGCUAAAAUGCGUAUUAUUGCCAGUAAGAUUAAUCCAAGAAAGCUCGAGAGAGCCUUAAGCUUCCUUGGUGUAAUCUCUCUCUCUCUCUCUCAUUAGUCUUAUCCUUAUAUUUUUCCUCCAACUUAUCGUCGCCUUUUGGCUAUAUUCCAUGACACCGAAAUGACGGACAAGCGAAGUCUUAAAAAUUCGUAACUGAUACAAACCUGAAAAUAAAAAUGGGUAUGUUUUGUUGCGGAAAAAUUUGGGUAAUUUUCAUCGUCUUACCGAGCUUGGGUUUCCCAGCUCACUCCAUAUGUUCAUAUCACAAUUACAGGAAAAAUGAACAAUUAAUCUUUGCUGAGUACAUUUGUGAAGAGAAACCAAGGAUAGCAAACAAAUAUCUUAGAAAUGUUUGUGUUCGAGUUUGUCACGAGACACGUGGCAUAGACCAUCCUCACUCUGACCCUAUGAGGAAACUAAGAAAAUAUUAUGACAGCAUUUUCUUUUCUAUAUUAUUAAGACAAAGAAGUCUUAGAUGUUUCAGAUGUUAUUUAUGAGCUAUUCUUGAGGGGCAAAAUAGUUAGAAUAUAAUGUACCUCUAGAAGUAUCAUGGCGCCAGCUGCUAGGAACAGGUGUCUUAUUGUGGACCACCUGCAUUUUACUGUCUUCCUUUAUGACGGACAAACCGAUUAUCAGCUAGAGGUGAGGUUUAUACGCGAGCGUGUGUUGAGGGAACAAAGGCAGUGAUGUGUUGUGUUGUGUUGAGAGGCGUGGAGCAGGUUGCCUCCUCACCUGAGUGGCUGAGUGGACCAGCUGUUGCAAAUGUGUUGUAGAAGAAUAUUGGCACACAUAAGCGAUAUUUCAAUAAGAAAAAAAAAAAAUAUGGAAUAACCUAAAAUAAAAUUACCCGACCAAAAACCUCUUAAAUGAUAUAUACAUAAAAAAAAAAAAAAAGGGCAACCUCUUUAGAGAUUUUCUUUUGUUAUUGAGUAAAAAAUAUAUAGACGUUGAUCAGUGUUAAUUGAAAAUGUAUUAUUAUUAUUUUUAUUGAUAUAUUAGCUCCUGUUGUGUGAAAUAUCUCCCACCGCCGAAAAGACACCUUCCACUGACGCUGUUGCGAAUGUGUCGUGGUCGUCUGGACUGACAGCUGAGUAAACAAACACUGUGGGAUGGAAGGACAUUUGCAUUAGUCACUCCACAUCCACAGGCCAUCACUAGCAGACCUACAGAGUGGUUCCUAAGACACUCAGAUAUACCAGAGUCUCCCUUGAGAAGACCGGACAGUUCACCAGAAUCUAACCAGGAAGGGAGGAUGAAAAGGAGGACUGCAGAAAGACCAAGCAAGGACCACUGAGAGAAGACCAGAGCACUGUCUCAAACUGCAGGGAAAGCUGGAGAGGGAUCCACAAUGCUGCAGUCUUGUGGGUUUUUGUGUGAGCCAGUUGGUGACACCCUGAAAGUGGGGGAGGCUCAACUUUCACUGGUGGCAAGUUAUAAUACUCCAAUUAGCAUCUUUAUUUUUCCUUCCAGUAAUCAUCCUUAUUAUUUCUCCUUAAAUGGUUGGACAAGAGUGGUAGGAAUCUUUAACAAGUAAAUGGGUAUGAAUAUAUAGAGCUGGGAUUUGACAUACCAGUGCUAACACUUUGUCUUUGCACCAUCCAAAGAAAACACAUCGAGGGAUGGCAGGCUGAAGACCACCACUGUGUCAUAGAGACCAAGAGGUUAGAUGGAAGCAUCAAGAAAACAAGAUGAAUUGAUUACAGGGAAAGCUUCAAGAAGCCAGGCUGACACGUGGCAGUUUCCACAAGAUCUGGGAUUGUUUCAGCUGGAUCCUUGUUUCAGCCAGUAAGAGGCAUACCAAUGAGUGGCUGCACCUUCCCCUCACAUCUCAGCGCUGGCCUACAACACCCUUUGCUCCAGUGGUGCAUUAUGUGCCUUAGCUUGUUUUAUAUGCAAUAUUAAUUUUGUGGUAUGUAUCCUGACACUUGCAGAAUGAAGAUGCAUACUUUUAACUUAACUUGCUGUCAGUUUUAGCAGCACAUGAAGGCAUUCUGAACUAUAAAUCUUUUAGAAAAAAAUCCAGAAUACAUUGGUGAUCAUCAGAUUGUGGAUAAAAUGUCAAAUAAAAGAAGAUUCCACUUUACACACAUUUAGGUGAUGUGUGGCUGGAGUGGUGUGAGAUCCUCUUAUGAACAGCUUCAAUGUUUUAGCAUGCUCCAUAAGAUGCCAUGCCAGGGUUCAGAAUGCCUUUGGGUCACUGAAAAUAGCAAUAAUUUAGGAUUACUGAAAGUUCCCAGUUAUACUAGUCUUAGGAAUUUGCAAAAAUACACUUGCUUGUUUUGGUUGUUACUUUUAGCUUGCAAAAGACUCAGGAUAUCAAUUAUAUUGAAUGCAAAGCAAGCCAAGUAAGGCACAUAACACAAAACCAUCACUGGAGCAAGCAACACUUGACUGACUCUCUCUCUCUCCCAGUUGAAUGUAAAAUAUGAAUAGAGCAAAACCAGAAAAUGAAUAACUAGUGUAAAUAAAAAGUCUGUUUGUCUGGGUAUCACUAUCUUUAUUACUCUAUCUUUAUUACUCUCUGGCUAUCACUAUCUUUAUUACUCUCUAUCUUUAUUACUCUCUGGCUAUCACUAUCUUUAUUACUCUCUAUCUUUAUUACUCUCUAUCUUUCUUUCAGUUUACUUUUUUCCUAGUGCUUGUCAGGCUGGGAGGCUGUGGCUGUCUGGAAGAGUGGACAAGUCUCACAAAAAGCAAACAAUACACAAUUACUGUCAACACACUACAACACCAAAACAACACACUCAAGACCAAGAAUGUUAGAGCUUGAACUACAAACCAGAAACAUCUUGGUCUCAGAAUGGAAAAACCUUACAGCUUAGACUACCAAUGGCUAGAAAUAUGGUGUUAACCACUACCAAAUGGAAAUGAUGAUGCCUGAACUAUAAUAUAUUACUUCUUCCAGCUGUGGCCUCUAUAGGUAUUGACACAUUGUUCAUGGCCCACCUGAUAGUUAGGAAGUCCUCCUUCACAUUCAUCAACAUCUAACCAUGAAACAGCCCUUAUUGGAGCUUUUUACAACAUCCAUAAAUUAUUUUAAAAUACACAACUAAAGGGAGACAGGACUACACAAGGGCAGCUCAGGGAGGAUAGCAAAAAAACUAAUCAAUCUAAGACAAAGGUUAGUUGCACAAGCAUAUCAAGUUCCUUUGCAUCUGUCAGCCAGCAGCAAAACUGGUUUCCUGAUAUAUCUAUGCCACAGAAUAACAGACCCAUACUUUUCUCCCAUGGCUGAACUGAUUAGUAGAACUUCAGCAGAACCCCUCAAUGUCACAACAUUUAUUCAUUCCUUAUUAACCUCCAUUCAGUCAAUCUUUCCCUUGUAUCUUUCCCAUUUGUUACAUUAUUCUUGUACCUAAUGCUCUCUUCAUAUUAUGCAUCCUCAAUGUCACAACAUUUAUUCAUUCCUUAUUAACCUCCAUUCAGUCAAUCUUUCCCUUGUAUCUUUCCCAUUUGUUACAUUAUUCUUGUACCUAAUGCUCUCUUCAUAUUAUGCAUUCAUCCCUUUAGUGCUCUUUUCUGUAGCCUAAUGCCUCUCACAUCUGAUUCAGUUACCUUUCUCACUAAUUAAUCUCCUGUUCUCAUUAUAUACUCAAAACAUCACAACACACCCUUCUCUGCUUGAUGUGGUCUCUUUCAAAAUUAGUUCUCCUUUGUACCUCACAACAUUGUUUUCACAUGGCCUGGUUUACUUGCCCUCACACUGUAAGGUUUUUGGAUUCCUUUCAAAACCGGAGAGACAAGUAGCUGGUUGUGCUGGUGGAGCUUGUGGUGAAGAUAGAAGUAGUUGCACUUUUUGAAGCAUUGCAGAUGUAAGAGCCCUCAGCAUUGUAGCAUUCUUCCCCAAAACUACAUGGAAACUGCAAGCAUUCAUUAACAUCCACACAAACAGCAGUGUCUCUGUGAAAAAAGAGUUAUGAUGACAGCCAAAUCUCAUUAAAUCUCACUUAAUGGCCAAAUUCAUCAUCUUGGCAUACCACACAACAUUCUAAAGCUCCAAUAGUGUUGCAACAAAUUUAUCCUGAGACAAUUUCCAAUACCUGCUGCAUAUCCAUCAGCAUCUGAAACAUUAAAACUCCUCACAAUAUUCUUCACAUAAUUCACUCUGUAACACAUCACUAUAUUGCUUGUAAAAAAAGGAUUUGGCAUAAUGGGGAAAGAAGUAUAUAGGUCGAAUACAGGCGAUGUAAGACAUCUUUUGCACAGGAAGUACCAUGUAAUCAGUAUUCACCAUUGAUUAAAUUUUCUAACAAAUGGUGUGGAAUGUAAACAAAUGGACCAUCAUAAUAAAAUAUUAGAGGUA